AUGGCUCCGAAAUGCAAGAUUAUUCUCGACACCGACCCCGGUGUCGACGAUGUCAUGGCGCUUCUCUUGGCUCUUAGUGCCUCCCCCGAAGAGCUUGAGCUGGCCAUGAUUUCUGUCACAUACGGCAAUGUUCCUCUGGAAUGCUGCCUUCGAAACGUGGCUGCUCUGUACCACGUCUUGGAGAAGGAGUUUGAGUGGAGGAAGUCUCAAGGUCGUCCCGAGGGCUAUGAGACUCUGAAAGCCCACAAGACCAUUGUGGCUGCGGGAGCUGAACACUCCCUGGCUGACCCGAUCUUGGCUGCUGACUACUUCCACGGCGCUGAUGGACUGCACAAUGUUCAUGAUAUCCAUGAAGAUCUGAAGCCCGCUGAUACUUGGAAGGCCUUGUUUGACAAGGAUGACAACACUGAUCACGGUCCCUCUUACCCUCGCUUUACAGCUUCCAAGGAGCCCGCCUACAAGGAGAUGCUGCGUCUUCUCAGAGAGAACCCUCCAGACACCAUCAGCAUUCUGGCCGUCGGCCCCCUCACAAAUGUUGCACUGGCAGCUACUGAGGAUCCCGAGACAUUCCUCAGGGUCAAGGAGCUGGUUGUCAUGGGCGGAGCCGUCGAGGUUCCCGGCAACGUCACUCCCACGGCGGAAUUCAACACAUAUGCCGAUCCUCUUGCUGCCGCUCUUGUCUAUGCCCUUACAUCGCCUAACCCUGCGUCGACAUUGCCGCCCAUCCCUAGCCACAUUACAGGCAUCAAACCGUACCCGGCGAAGCUCUCUCGACAGCUCACCGUCACCCUGUGCCCCCUAGACAUCACAAACCUCCACUUCAUCAACAAGAACUACUUCCAAGACGCAGUCAAGCCUCUUGUUGAUGCCGGCAGCCCCCUUGCUCGAUGGGCCGCCCACUUCAUCAACGGAGCCUUUAACAAGAUCGACUCAAUGGAGGGAGACGGCAGGGAGCCCGAAUUGGCACUGCACGAUCCCUUUACCGUUUGGUACAUGCUGACACACGACGACCCGCGAUGGAAGGUGCCCGCAAAGCCUGAAGAUCUCCGAGUUGAGACGAUUGGACAAUGGACUGCAGGAUCCUACAUCCUUGACAAGCGUGUCAGAUCCAAGCCCGGUGAGGCUGCCGCGGACCUCUCAGCAGACCCCGAGGCCGACCUCCACCUGGUUACUUUGGACGAGGUCCCAGGAGAUACCAUGGGUUGGUUGAGCGUUCGCAAGGGAAACAGAAUCAGGCGGGUGAUUAAAACUCCAGGAGAAAGUAUCUUCAAGGAGAUUUGGAUGCAGCGUGUGUUUGGAUAG